CUAGCUUUGUCUCAAGCAUAAAACAUUUGUCACCACGGAACUCCAGCCAUUUGAUCGCUUCAAUUUACAGCUCGCGCUGUUUCCGGCUACAAUGACCUACGAUUUUGGUUUUUGCAAUUCAGUUUUCAAAAGUUUGUUCUUAGUGGUUUGUUUCUCGUGUGUGAUUUGUUCUUCGUCUCCUGCAGAGGGUAACGAAAAAAUUCAUUUCAGUGCACAUCCUGUGAUAGGUAGACUUUUUAAAGCGGAUGCAGUGAGAUCACGAGUUGGAUUAACUACUCCACACAAUCCUAAAAGUUUCAAAUCUGAAAAGGACAGACCACACGAUUCAGCUACAAAUGAGGAGCUUGCUUUGAAGAAGGAUCUACAUAGGGAAUCGAGAUCGAAGAAUGUUGUUCUUGGUGGUGUAAAGUAUGAAGUGGAUUCUCAGGAUAAAAUAAAGAAGCAUGGAUACGAAGCUACGAAGAAACCAAUCAAAAGAAACAACCAACCAGUGCGAAGACGGGUGAGGCGGUCAGAGAAUCAACAUGGGACAACACUGAAGGGAAUGAAUAGUGAAAGAGGAUUUGAAGCAAGUUUGAAUAACACCAACAAUGUUGAUGAAUCAUCGAUGAAGAGGAGUUACGCUCAGAAGGCAUUCAAGAGGAGGAUUGAAGCACUGUUUACUGAAAAAGGACCUUCAGGACUGAGUGAGGAGGAAGUCAACAAGACAAAAAACCUGAGGAAACAGCUGCUUAACAUCUAUGUGAGGGGUAAACAGAAUAAGUACUACACUCAUAGCAAUACAACCUCGCUUUUUCGAUCUGAUCUCAAUGACGAAGAUAACAAAUCAGAGAGACAAAUCCUGAGAGUGAAAAUCGAUAUUCCAAUUGAGAAUCCAAACGACUUGGAUUGGAUUAGAGAAAUAAAGGAUGUGAAUGAUAAUAAUAUCACCAAAGGACAAAGUAGGACCGGCCGAAGGAGGAUACGAAAAGUGAUAAUCCCACUACUGCUAGCUCUGAAACUGAAAACAGCACUGGUGAUUCCUCUGUUGUUCGGGGCGGUGAGCCUGAUCGCAUUCAAGGGCCUGUGGGCGGGAAUGACUGCCCUGGCAAUGGUGUCAGCCCUGGCCCUCAAGUCCCUCAUGCACGGCAAGAGCAGCGUCACCUAUGAAGUUCGAGCUCCACCACCGCACUACCACAUGCCUCACCAUGUCCACCAUGACUACGGCUACCAUCAUGGUUACCUGCACCCUGAGUAUCAUUGGAGCAGGAACGAUGAUGACUCGUACAAACCUCAGGGUGGCUGGAGAGACGGAGAAGCGUCAGACACUUGGCUUGAUUCUUCGUCGGAAACAUCGUACUCAACUAUCAAUCCUGAUGUCCAAAUCAGCGAGCAAGAUAAACAACUUCCAAAGACCACUAAUUGCUCAUCUUCAAAUUCAUCGCCAGACAAGAUUUGAAACUCCUGGAGCGAUAAUAUUUCGUGGAACUUGAGGAAUAUAGAAGACAGCUGCAUAAACCUGUGAAUGGAACAGUUUACAACAAUAUUCAAUUAACAAUUAUAUCAAAUUCCCUUUUCCUCAUUUUCAUUGAGACUUAGCCAUUAUCAUGAAUUCAAUUGUUUCAUCAAUCUCAAACAUUUUAUUAAGAAGGUUGAAUAGAACAAUCAAACCUCAAUCGAACCACACAUGGAAAAUAUGGGAUUAGAUUAGAUUAGAGUUCUUUGUUCAUGUAUGUUACAAUAUAUACUGGCUUAUACACUGAUCUACAUUAAAUAACAGCAUAGCUUAUUAUUCAACGACUUUUACAAAGUGUGAAAUAUCAUUAAGCAGAAUGAAGAUUUAAUGCCAUUUUAAAAAUGAUAAUAUAAUUUUGUGAUGUAACUACUACAUAAUUCGGCGAUGUUUCAACAAAUAAUUGCCGACUCUCUGAAAUUGAUAUCCUAAAUAUCCUAAAGACCGGGAAACGACUGGAAGUGGAUUUAAUUGUUCAAAAAUACGUUUUUCUAAUGUUGUCUUUGGCUAAGAGACUACCAAAUUGAUAGAACCUUAGUCCCAUACAACUUAAUAUUUAUCAAUAAAAAAACAAUCUAAGUACUCUUUUCAAAAACUUUGAUCCGCAACCAAUUGUGUUUAAACAAUGCCAUUCACUAUCUUGAAAAUGAUGUGAAUAAAAGUUUUUAAAAAGGGUA